UUUUGACACUUCUCCGUGUGUUCGACAUCAUUUAUUUACGCAAAAAAUAUUCUAGAUCCAUUGCUGCAAAUAAUAACUGUGAAAUAGUUCCUGAUUAUCAUUGAACGGUUCUCAUAAUUUACAUUUACAUUCGUAGAUUGUAAUUUAUGAAAUUUGAACUUUUCGUCGAUAUUUUUCUUAUCAAUUUUUCCACUAUAUGUGUAAAGUAAAGCAUAUCAGUUUGUGUGUGUUAGUGUGUCUUUGACAGCUACAAAAAUUAGUGUGUCGGUCGGAAAUCUUUGCGAAGAACUUUUCAGAUUAAAAUUAAAAGUUAAAAAAGGAAAUAUUCAGAUGGUUUAGUCGGUUAACUUUUCGUGAACAAUAUUGAAAAUUUUAAAAAGUUGUUACCGCAAAAUUACUAACGUCAUAACGAACCUUGAAACAAGUCCGUAAAAGAACUGAAAAAAAGUUCAUGAAAUUUUCUGUAAAUUUGUAUUUACAAUUCGAUCGUUCAUUGGUUUUGCGUACCUGUAUGUGCACUUUAUAAGUCACAACCGUCACAACCACAGAGAUAGAAGGCAAUCGAAAAAAUAAUCGUCUCAUAUACACGCGCGACUGAAAAAUUAAAAUAAAAAACAAAUAUCAUUCAUUCGGUUCAUAAUCUCCGCGGUGACUGUUUCAUUUGCUUGGCUGAUGCAAGAAGAAUUAAAACCAAACGGCAACCGAAACGUUCGAUUAACAUCUUCUUCAAUUUUUGUGUGCAUUUAGAAUUGAUUUAGAAAACGACGUCAAAAAUAAUAGUAAACAAAUCGGCAGUUCAAGGCAACAACGAAAUUAUAAAAAAUGCGAGGUGUUCGAAACAGUUUAAACAUUGGACGAUUGGCCAUAAAUCCCAGCAAAGGAUCAAACAUUAGAAAUGGUUACUUACGUGCCACAACAUGUCACAAUUACAAUCAAGAUCCAUCAAACUGUCGGUCCUUCCACAUCACCCAUGUCUGUGACAAAUCGAAAGACACAACCACAACACCAACAUCUGGUAACGGUGGCAAAGAACCACCAAACAAAAACAAAAAUACGCUGUCCUGUCCCAAAUGCGGAGACCCUUGCACCCAUGUCGAGACGUUCGUUAGUUCAACUAGAUUUGUUAAAUGUGAAAAGUGUCAUCACUUUUUCGUUGUGUUGAGUGAAGUGGACACAAAGAAAACGAUAAAAGAGGAAUCCAAAAAUCAACGAAAACAACCACCACCGCCAAAGAAAAUCAUGGAAUAUUUGGACACCCAUGUGAUCGGACAGGAAUUAGCAAAGAAAGUUUUAUCGGUGGCUGUGUACAAUCACUACAAAAGGAUAUAUCACAAUACGCCGUCACAAUCUCAGACAGCGCAACAGGUCGAAACGGGAAGUCGAGGCGAUUUGUUGCACAUUUCCGGAAUCGGUCAUACAAUGAUGAGUUCUCAUCCGUCCGAAGUGCCAAGAGCACCGGCCUCUGCACAGCAACCAACAUUCGGUUCGGAAUUGUUAGACAAGAAGACGCAUGAAUUAAAAUUGGAGAAAAGUAACCUUUUGAUGCUCGGUCCGACGGGAUCUGGUAAAACACUUUUAGCCCAAACGAUAGCUAAAUGCUUGGAUGUUCCUUUUGCCAUUUGUGAUUGUACAACAUUAACCCAGGCUGGUUAUGUCGGUGAAGACAUUGAGAGCGUUAUUACGAAGCUAUUACAAGAUGCCAAUUACAACGUUGAACGGGCUCAAUUAGGAAUUGUCUUUCUGGACGAGGUUGACAAAAUUGGCGCUGUUCCGGGUAUUCAUCAACUAAGGGAUGUGGGCGGCGAAGGUGUACAACAAGGUAUGCUGAAAAUGCUGGAAGGUACAAUCGUCAAUGUGCCCGAACGAAAUUCGCCGAGAAAAUUACGGGGUGAAACUGUUCAAGUGGACACAACGAAUAUUCUUUUCGUAGCAUCGGGAGCGUACACAGGUUUAGACAGAUUGAUCGCAAGGCGACUAAAUGAGAAGUAUCUCGGUUUCGGAAUUCCAUCCAAUUCAAAUGAGGGACGACGAGCUGCACAAGCUACUGCAGCACCAAUGGAAAACGAUCAAGAAGAGAGGGAUGCCAGUCUGCGUAAAGUGCAGGCUCGAGAUUUAGUCGAAUUCGGAAUGAUUCCGGAAUUUGUUGGUCGAUUUCCAGUUCUUGUGCCGUUCCACAGUCUUGACGUAAGCAUGUUAGUUCGCAUUUUAACGGAACCGAAAAAUGCUCUAGUGCCACAAUAUAAAGCGCUACUAGGUAUGGACAAAGUCGAUCUAACAUUUACCGACGAAGCGCUUUCUGCAAUUGCUCAGUUGGCCAUGGAACGACAAACGGGUGCUCGUGGAUUGCGAGCAAUUUUGGAAACUUUGUUGCUGGACGCUAUGUUUGAAGUUCCUGGGUCAGAUGUGAAAACUGUUCACAUAACCGAAGACUGUGUUAAGGGUUUGUGUUCUCCGGAAUAUAUUCGACACUCGACUGAUUCGACGACAACUACAACCACAGACGAUGAGGAGAGUACACAAGUUCGUGUAACACAAUAAUAAUUAAUUAAUUAUUUUUUUGUUAAGAAAAUAUAAAAUCGUUCGUUGGCUUAGCCGCAAUUUAGAUGGCCGAACUUAUUCGUUUAAGAUUUUUAAUUUCUUUUUCUUUUCGUUUUUUUUAUUUAAAGUUUUUUUUUCGUCAUUAGCAAUGAAUUAAGAAAUUUGCACAGCAGCAAUGCUCCCGUGAGUGCGUUUCUAUUAAUUCCGAUGGAUUGCUUAAAGAUCUAUAUGAAGUAGAGUGCAUAAAGGUGACGUAGAUUAAGUGACUGAUGUACAAUGAGUCCUUAAACAUACUGAAGAGCUGUGCAUAUUUUCUCCUCCUUUUAUUUCUAACGAUAGUAAAUUUUAGUUUGUAAGAUGAAAACAAUUUUUUCUUCGUCAAAUAAUAAAAGAAAAACAAA